AGCAGAUGCGUGUCACUUGGAGAGAACUUCUUUUGCCACAAGUAUUCAAGUGGUAAGUAGAAAAUAUAUCUGCUUUGCCUAUUUUCUUCCAAGCAAUCCUGAGAUGAGAAACAAGAAGCUGUACCUUAUCAUAUAUUGGUUGGCAUUUCUCAGUUUUAAAGACUUCUCAAAUUCUUUAAUAUGGAAGACGUUAAUCCCUUGGACACUUUAAACCCAACCGUUUUCAAUAAUAUCGAUUCAGUAACAGAAACACACAGUGGUGAGACCUCUUUAUCUUGUGAGACAUUUACUAAACAAACAUCACCAGAGAGAAAUAUUCCUGAAUAUUGCUGUGAGGUUUGUAAGAAAACAUUUUCUUCAGAACGGGAAUUUUUCGCACACAAAGAAAUACACGAUGGGGAAAAACUCUUUAACUGUGAAAUCUGUGGGAAGUAUUUUGUAAAUUGCAAUAAGUUAAAACGUCACAAAAUAAUCCACGCUGGAGAAAAACCGUUUCACUGUGAAGUAUGUGGAAGUCUUAUGUGUCGAACAGUAAGUUAAGAAGACACAAGAGAAUCCACAGUGAAGAAAAAUCCUACCAUUGUGAUGUUUGUGGGAAAUGUUUUGUUUCACUCAGUAAAAUAACAAGACACAAACGGAUUCAUACUGGCGAGAAACCUUAUCACUGUGACGUGUGUGGGAAAUGUUUUGUGGACAAUAGCAGUUUGUCAAGGCAUAGUCGAAUCCACACGGGAGAAAGGCCGUACGGUUGUGAAAUCUGUGGGAAAUGUUUUAUUAAUAAAUCAAAUCUUGUUAUCCAUAUACGCAGUCACACUGGAGAAAAACCUUAUCACUGUGAUGUGUGUGGGAAAUCGUUUUUUGAUAAUAGUUAUUUAACAAGUCACAAAAGGAUCCACAGCGGAGAGAAACCAUUCCAGUGUGAAACGUGUGGGAAAUCUUUUAUCUGCAAAAGUGAUUUAACAAAACACAAACGAAUCCACACUGGCGAGAGACCCUAUCACUGUGGGUUGUGUGAGAAAUCCUUUAUUGAUAAUAGCAGUUUGGCAAAACACAGAAGGGUCCACACCGGAGAGAAGACCUACCACUGUCAGAUAUGUGGGAAGUCAUUGAUGAGUAAUUCAAAACUUGUUAUACACAUCCGUAGUCAUACUGGAGAGAAACCAUAUCAUUGUGAUAUAUGUGGAAAGUAUUUUGUGGAUAAUAGCUAUUUAACAACACACAAAAGAUUACACAGUGGAGAGAAACCUUACCACUGUGAAAUCUGUGGAAAAUCCUUCAUGAAUAAUUCAAAAUUAAUUAUCCAUAUCCGAAGUCACACUGGAGAAAAACCAUUUCACUGUGACAUUUGUGGGAAGUAUUUAGUGUCUGACAGUAAUUUAGCCAGACACAAAGAAAUACAUAGUGGAAUAAAACCUUUCCACUGUGAUAUCUGUGGGAAAUUUUUCGUUUAUAACAGCGAUUUAAGGAAACACAAGAGAAUCCACACUGGUGAAAAGUCGUUCUAUUGUGAUAUAUGUGGCAAAUCUUUCAUUCAAAAUUCAAGUCUUGUUAUUCACAUACGAAGUCACACUGGAGAGAAACCUUAUCACUGUGGCUCAUGUGGCAAGUGUUUUGUCUCUAACAGUAAAUUGAAAAGACAUACACGGAUCCACACUGGAGAACAACCCUAUCACUGUGAUGUGUGUGGUAAAUCUUUUGUUGACAAUAGCUAUUUAACCAGUCACAAAAGGAUCCAUAGUGGAGAGAAAUUGUUUCAUUGUGGGAUCUGUGGGAAAUAUUUCAUUAAUAAUUCAAGUCUUGUUAUCCACAUCCGUAGCCACACGGGAGAGAAACCAUUUCACUGUGACAUUUGUGGCAAAUCUUUCUCUGUCAAUUGCAGUCUUUUAGUUCAUAAAAGGAUCCACACUGGGGAAAGACCUUAUUAUUGUGAUGCGUGUGGGAAAUCUUUCAUCACCAACAGUCUCUUAAAAGCACACAAACAAACCCACACUGGAGUGAAACUUUUUAAAUGUGAAACAUAACAAAAUUAUCGUUUUGCAAAUGUAAACUGAAAUAACAUCAAUGAGUAAACAAUAGACUUUGUGAUUUAGCUUUUAUUUUUUACUUGUUUCAGUCAUUAGCAUGUGGCCAUGCUGGGGUACCACCUUGAAGGAUUUUUUAGCUAAAUGAAUCCAACCCAGUACUUCUGUUUUUUUUUUGUUUUUU